CCAACCUAAAGCAGAGCACCCAAAAGGAGUCGGUGAGAGCCCGCACGCACGCAUGGCUCCAAACAUGGGGGGCUCCGGCUAGGCCCGAGGAUAGGUGGCGCAUGAUGGGCUGCGCGCUGCCACGGCGCACGGGCAGCAACGCCCUGAGCCCCUGAUCGGCCUCGAAGAGCUGGAGAUCCAUCGAACUUGCCGGCACGCACCUCCCGGGGACGAGGACUGUGCGCUGCACCGUUCACCCCCACACCGCACCUACCGUUGGCCCCUACUACCGUCUACCAGAGCCGGGGCAGGCCAAACGUACCACGGCAGGGUCGGUCACUCCAUCCAGCCAGUCACCAGUGCGGCUCAAGCGAGUGAGCCAGCAGCAGGUAGCUGAAGGCCGGGGCUUUUAGGCGGACGUGGACGCGACGGCCACGCCACGCGCUGCCGGUGCUGGCCGACGCCGUCGCGGGGCUCGCGCGGCGGCGCGGCGUAAAAAAUAUCGCAAGUGCCAGCGGCAAGUUGGCCUCCUUGCGCGCGCUUGCUGGCGCUGGGGGCUCCCCGAUUCCUGAUGCAGGUGCAGCGCACGGUCCCGGGGUGCACUCCCCGGCGCCGCGGCGCGGCUAUAAGUAGCGCGCAUGCGCCGCGGCAGAGCACUCCGCAGACGCACACGGGCAGACACCGGCAACAGCUCGAGCUCGCGGCAUAGUCGAACACGCGCAUACGAGCUAGUGGGCUGGUGAAUCUCGGCCUCGACCUCGUCCGGACGCGAUGGCCGGCGGCGGCGGCAAGAACGGCGGGAGGCUGAGCCUGUACGCGGUGCUGGGCGUGGCCAGCGACUGCUCCGACGCCGAGCUGCGCAGCGCCUACCGCAAGCUCGCCAUGAAAUGGCACCCCGACAAGUGCGCCGGCGCGGGGAGCUCCGCCGGCGGCGUGGACGCGGCCAAGGCGAGGUUCCAGAAGAUCCAGGGAGCCUACGCCGUUCUGUCGGACCCCAACAAGCGGAUCCUGUAUGACGUCGGGGCCUACGACAGCGACGGCGACGAUGACGGCGCCUGGGAGAUCCUCGGGGAUAUUCUCGACGCCACGAGCCAGGCCGGCCCCGCCGAGCAGGGCAAGGGGGAGAGCCUGGAGGACCUGCAGCGGCAGUUCGAGGAGCUCUUCCUGCGGCCGUCGCCGUCGUCCUUCUGCCCGCCGGACGACGCCGGGAAGUCGGCGGCCAAGAGGAGGGCCGCACGGAAGUAGGGCCGGCGAGGAACGGCUCGCGCGUGAUUACAUUAAAGAAGACGCACGCUGCGACUUGGGAUCAGCUGCUUUGACGAACUACUACGCACUGAGGCAGGAUAACGACCUGCGAGGAUCGUCGUCGGAGGAGGCUGCCAGUCCUGUCUGUGUGACCCAAUAACCCCGGCGCCCUCCUGCACAUUCCGAUGCUUUGCGUUUUCUGAACUUGUUGCUACAGAUUGGUCAGAAUAAGAUAGAUGGCCACGCACACCCACACCCGUCUCUGUAUGCACGCACGAUGCCUUCUCGAAUUAACAAGACGACGUUGGGGGUUUUCCAAUGUGCUUGCUUGCUA